GCCACAUGCGCCUUAAAGCGGAAUAUCUGCGCGUGCGCGAUAUCCACGUGCCUCUUCACCAUGGUAACGGUGUGUUGAUAGUCUUCAGUCAGUGGCAUGAUGAGACUUAAACGGCUGCACAUACGAUAUUACCCACCAGGGUUAUUCCUGGAUUAUGAGAAAGGGGGACAGUUAAGAACGAAAUCCAUCGAUCUGUUAAAUUUGACUCCAGAGACUGACGUAAAUGAGUUACUAUCAGACAUUAGAGCUGCCGAGCCUCUUAUCACUUCAUCAUGUGUCGAGCAGGUGAAAAUCCUUAUUCAAAAACUACAGGACAAAAUCGGCCAAAAGGAUGACCGCAAGUUCUACCUUUUCAGAGCACUUCAGGCUCACAUCUUACCCCUGACGAAUGUAGCCUUCAAUAAAUCAGGAUCGUGUUUUAUAACCGGAAGCUAUGAUAGGACAUGUAAAAUAUGGGACACGGCAUCUGGAGAAGAACUGCACACUUUGGAGGGUCACAAGAACGUUGUAUAUGCCAUCGCAUUCAACAAUCCUUACGGAGACAAGGUUGCCACUGGCUCUUUUGACAAGACCUGCAAAUUGUGGAGUGCUGAAACAGGAAAGUGCUUCUACACAUUUAGAGGGCACGUGGCUGAAAUCGUAUGCUUGGCCUUUAACCCUCAGAGUACCCUGGUUGCUACAGGCAGCAUGGACACCACAGCCAAAUUAUGGAAUGUUGAAAGUGGUGAAGAAGCGUCCACAUUGGCAGGUCAUUUUGCUGAGGUUAUCUCUCUGUCCUUUAACACAACGGGCGAUCAGUUGGUCACAGGAUCUUUUGACCACACAGCCAUUCUGUGGGAUGUUCCCUCUGGCAGGAAGGUUUAUGUUCUUGCAGGUCAUCGUGGAGAGAUCAGCUGUGUACAGUUUAACUGGGAUUGUUCCCUCAUUGUCACCGCCUCUCUGGACAAAACCUGCAAGGUAUGGGAUGUGGACAGUGGUCAGUGUCUAUCAACUUUGUUAGGUCAUAAUGAUGAGAUAUUGGAUGUGUGCUUUAACUUCACUGGACAGUUGAUAGCAACAGCCUCUGCUGAUGGUACAUCAAGAGUGUAUAAUGCCAAAACAUUUCAAUGUUUAUGUAAAUUAGAGGGCCAUAAAGAAGAGAUAUCCAAGGUUUGUUUUAAUCCGCAGGGGACGCGCGUUUUGACAGCGAGCAUGGAUAAGACCGUACGUUUGUGGUGCGUGAGCACAGGAGCGUGUUUGCAGGUGCUGGAGGGACAUUGUGAUGAGAUCUUCUCAUGUGCUUUCAACUACGAGGGGGACACCAUCAUUACAGGUAGUAAAGAUAACACCUGCAGGAUUUGGCACUGAGAUGCAAUCCAAGGAAGUGUGGGACUAACUCUGCUGUGGAUGUAUUGGAAUAUUACAGUAUUCCUACAGGAUUCACUUUUGAAAUCUAUAGUAAGAUACCACAGUCUUUUUGCAGAAACGUGCAGGAAAAUAUUGACUCGUCCCUCAGUUUGGAAAAACAAUGCAUGUAGAGAAAUGCACUUACAAUGGAAGUUAAUGGAGCAGUCACUGUAUGGUUGCCCCACUGACGUCCAUUUUAACUGCAUGACUAUCAACACAGUUUUGACUGUAGAGUGACUGAAAAUGAUUUUUUCGUAUUUAUCCUUUUAUAUUUUUUUGUGUUCAUUUAACACCCCUCUUUAGCAUACAAGUGCAUUUUUAAAUGGCGCUGGGUC